UGUUUUUCGUGUGAUAUCUUUCCUGGUUCCUUUUUCCUCCAGUCACAGAAGUUUGAUGUUCGUCCAAUCAAAGGUUGCGUUUCUGGUCUCCUACAUAUUUGUGAUUACCAACCAAACUCGUACUUUGAGCUGUUACUUUCAAAGGAUCAUCAGGAUUUCAGAUGUCAGCUUUCUUACAAAGCCCAGCUACAAGGUCAAGCCCGAGGCCGAAUCCAAGCAAUCCUACGGACGAUUACUCGCGGUGGUUCUGAUCUCACUCAAUUCAGGUUGGCAGCGCGGAAUAUAUAUGUACACAAUAACGCCACCCACAGGUUGCAAAGCACAGAUACUCAAUUGUCCUCGAUCGAAUAAUAUAAAACCGCAAUAUGGCGAACUUCCUUGGUUUCGACAAGAACAUCUCGCAUUUUACUAUACCACCGGCCCUGGUACUCGCCCUUCUUCCAAAGUUCUUCUCGGGACUUGCAGGACCAGGAGCGAAGUACCUUGAUAGGAACAACCCUAGAGACUUCUCUGACACCCUGAAGCGUGCCAACCUAGACGAUGAAGUUCGGGGUCGAUUGCUGCGAGCCGAAGCAUGCUCGUUAAAUGGUUUUGAGGCACUCCCAUUCUAUGCUGCCGCAGUAGCCGCAGGCAAUGCUGCAGGUGUUUCUACGGCUAUCAUGAAUGCACUUUCGAUACUUUGGCUAGGCAGCCGUCUGGUAUACAUAUACGUUUAUAUCUGGUACUCGGGAACGGAAAAGCUUGCUCCGGGACAAGCGCCGCUCCGUUUCAAGGUAUGGGCAUUUGGCGCCACGAUCUGUAUGUCUAUGUUCGUACUAGCCGGACUGAAGGCCUGAGGUGAGCUUUCCUCCAUACGGUACGAGAGCUAUCAUAUUAGUAUGAGCGUUGUGCACUCUGGUAUAGUGUCUAGCAUCAGUGGCUCACAAUGCAUGCUCAACGCCACUGAUAGGCCAUCGUGCAACUUAUCGAUACAAAUCUGAACAAUGAUAUUCUCUCCAAAUAUCAGCCCAAGUUUCCCCCC